AUGUUGUUUUCAAAGGACAGAGAUAGUGCUCCAACAGUCUCCACUCAGCCUGGACAAGAUGUCGAUAAACCAGAACGAUCGGACGAGCCUCAGAUCGAGCGAGUCGCCACAGGGUCAGAUAUCGAGAGGUUUGUCUCUCAGCCUGCAGAUGAAGAUGUUUUCGGCAACGAAGACGGUGCUGAGAUCCAAUACAAGACAUGUGAUUGGUGGGAGACGGGUGUUUUAAUGCUCGCUGAGAACGUAUCCCUCGGCGUUCUUGCACUGCCACAAGCUCUUGCAAUUCUUGGACUCGUCCCAGGUCUCUUGUGCAUUUGCUUUCUUGGCCUGAUAGCAACCUACACUGGAUGGCUCAUCGGCGAGUUUAAGCUUGCUUAUCCCAGGGUACAAUCUUUCGCCGACUGUGGAGAGCUUAUUGCUGGGCCCAUAGGAAGAGAAGUCAUGGCUUCUGGCUCGAUUCUGAUCCUGGUAUUUAUUAGCGGUGCGCACGUAUUAACUUUCGCCGUUGCUAUGAAUGCUUUGACAGGCCAUGGAGCCUGCACAAUAAUUUUUAGCGUUGUUGGCAUGGUUCUCUGCUUCGUACUUGGACUGUCAAGAACGUUUAAGAAAGUCAGCUACUUGUCUUAUUUCUCUUGCGCAAGUAUCGUCCUGGCUGUCUUCAUUGCUAUGAUCGGGAUUGGCAUUUCGAGGCCAGAUGUUGGCAACAUUCUUGCUGUUAGACCUGGUGUCCCUCUCGUCAAAGGGCUGGGACCAGUUCUGAACAUCGUUUUGGCAUACACUGGACAUGUUGCUUUCCUGUCCUUCCAGGCCGAACUGAGAGAUCCAAGAGAUUUCAAGAAGGCUCUCUUUUUCGAGCAAGGUAUCGCAGUCACGUUUUACAUGACCAUGUCAGCCGUCAUCUAUUACUACGCUGGUCCUCUUGUAACGUCUCCUGCACUCGGCUCGGCAAGCCCUAUCGUCACCAAGAUCGCUUUCGGCUUCGCAAUUCCGACCAUCAUAGUUGCGGGCGUAGUCAACGGUUCUGUGGCCUGCAAGUAUAUCUACAUUCGAAUGUGGAAAGGAACCAACGUCGUCCAUCAAAAGAGCUUCAAGAGCCUGGGUAGCUGGGUAGGAAUUUGCGCUGUGCUGUGGGUCGUAGCAUGGCUACUGGCAGAAGCCAUCCCAAACUUCAACCUCUUGUUGGGUCUCAUUGCCUCAUUGUUUGGGUCGUGGUUUAGCUGCAAGUUGACAUGCAAAUUCAGUAUAUACGAAUACAUCGCUGACUUAUCAUAG